CUGUCCAGCUCUCCCCAGGCUGCUUCUCUCUGUAUUCCUGGCAGGAAGCUGGACGGAGAUCAGCCAUGACGACUUAUAGUGACAAAGGAGCAAAGCCCGAGAGAGGCCGAUUCGUUCACUUCCACUCUGUGACCUUCUGGGUUGGCAACGCCAAGCAGGCUGCCUCCUUCUACUGCAGCAAGAUGGGCUUUGAGCCACUCGCCUACAGGGGCCUGGAGACAGGCUCCCGGGAGGUGGUCAGCCACGUGGUCAAGCAAGGACAGAUUGUGUUUGUCUUCUCCUCUGCGCUCAACCCCUGGAACAGAGAGAUGGGUGACCACCUGGUGAAACAUGGGGACGGUGUGAAGGACAUCGCGUUCCAGGUGGAAGACUGUGACUACAUUGUGCAGAAAGCCCGGGAACGGGGAGCCAAAAUAGUGCGGGAGCCCUGGGUGGAGGAAGACAAGUUCGGGAAGGUGAAGUUUGCUGUGCUGCAGACGUAUGGGGACACCACACACACCCUGGUGGAGAGCAUGAGCUACGCUGGCCGGUUCCUGCCUGGAUUCGAGGCCCCAGUCCUCAAGGACUCGCUGCUUCCCAAGCUGCCCAAGUGUGGGCUGGAGAUCAUCGAUCACGUUGUAGGAAAUCAACCUGAUCAGGAGAUGCUGCCUGCCUCAGAAUGGUACCUGCGGAACCUCCAGUUCCACCGCUUCUGGUCUGUGGAUGACACACAGGUACACACAGAAUACAGCUCUCUGCGCUCCAUUGUGGUGACCAACUACGAGGAGACCAUCAAGAUGCCCAUCAACGAGCCCGCAAUGGGCAGGAAGAAGUCCCAGAUCCAGGAAUACGUGGACUAUAACGGGGGAGCUGGGGUCCAGCACAUCGCUCUCAAGACCCAGGACAUCAUCUCAGCGAUUCGCAACUUGAGAGAGAGAGGCGUGGAGUUCCUGAGUGUUCCAUCGACAUACUACAAGCAGCUUCGGGAGAAUCUCAAGACAGCCAAGAUCCGGGUGAAGGAGAGCAUCGACGUGCUGGAGGAGCUGAAAAUCCUAGUGGAUUACGAUGAGAAAGGCUACCUCCUGCAGAUCUUCACCAAACCCAUGCAGGACCGGCCCACACUCUUCCUGGAAGUCAUCCAGCGCCACAACCACCAGGGAUUUGGAGCCGGCAACUUCAACUCGCUGUUCAAGGCUUUUGAGGAGGAGCAGGCGAUGCGAGGCAACCUCACCGACUUGGAGACCAAUGGGGUGGUGUCCGGCAUGUAGACCCCGCCCACCCAAGGUCACGCCCCUAGUCCUGGACCACGCCCACCUUCCCGGCCCUCAAGGUCAGAUCCUCCCUACUGGCUGCUGGCCUUUAGACCCUGCCCACAACCGAAUCGGGAGCCAGGGCUCCGCCCACCACUGGCCACGCCCCCUUGUUGAGCUGCUCCCGCCCUCCUGAGUAAAACUGACCCUGUCUAA